AUGAAUCUCACGCUGCGCUUCGUGGUGCUUGCGCUCAUAUCGCUCCUCUCGCUGCACUACCUCGCCAGCUUCACUUCCACCACCUAUCACGACCAAGUGGGCAAUCUGCGUUCCUCAUGGUCCUCAUCGUUGCAGCACAACGAUGUUGCUCAUACCGACCUCACGAUUCCCUACGCAAACACGCCCAGAGCCAACGCCACCUUUGUCGUGCUCUGUCGCGAAGGCGAGAUCGGCGGGAUCCUCGAAAGCCUGCAACUUCUCGAGAGCACGUUCAACGACCGACCGCACCAUCGCUACCCUUAUGUCUUCCUCAACGACAAACCGUUCUCGGACACCUUCAAGCUGCGCAUUUCGCGCGCGGUCUCGUCGAGCGUCGAGUUCGGUCUUGUCCCGCCAGAGAUGUGGGACAUUCCGCCGAGCAUCGACCUGGUCAAGGCGCAAAAGUCAUGGGACAAGAUGGGCAAGAGCGGCACGCCGUACGGCGGCUCCAAGUCGUAUCGGCAGAUGUGCAGGUUUCAGUCUGGGUUCUUCUUCCGCCAUCCGCUCGUGCAGAAGUACAAGUACUAUUGGAGGGUCGAACCGAACGUCAAGUACUUCUGCGACUUGACCGACUUUGAUCCGUUCCGCUACAUGCAGCAGAACAAGAAGAAGUACGGCUUCGUGCUCGCGAUGCACGAGAUCCCCGGAACCGUUCGCACGCUCUGGAUCCACGUGCGUAAGUGGUACGAGAAGAACUCACACCUUCUCGCUCCCAACAACAUGUUCGGUUUCGUCACCGAAAACAACGGCCGUGGCUAUAGCAAAUGCCACUACUGGUCCAACUUUGAAAUCGCCGACAUGGACUUCUACCGGUCAGAAGCUUACCUCUCGUUCUUCAACCACCUCGACCAGGCGGGCGGGUUCUUCUACGAGAGAUGGGGCGAUGCUCCCGUCCACUCGAUCGCCGCGUCCCUUCUGCUCGACAGAGACGAGGAUGAGGUGCUACUGCCCGCACGAGAGCUCGUUUAA